AAACGCAACCAGUCAUUUUUUAUUUUAUUCAACUAUGUUACAUUGCAUAGUUUAAAAACUUAAAUUAUACAUAGACUAUUGAAAUCUAACAACAAAAAAUUCAUAAAAUGAAUUCGCUUACUAUAUUUAUGAUUAUAUUAGUAUUAGCUAUUGAUUUCUCCUUAGCAUUUGAAUGCAGUGGUUGUGGCAAGGUUAAGUUAUUACAGAUGGUUUCGUGUCGUCACUAUUUUUGUAAUACCUGUAGAAAUAAGAUAACACAAUGUAAUAUGUGUAAAGAAUAUUUCAAAAUUGGUAAUAGCGAAAAUACAACAGGUUUAUAUUUUUUUUUAAUUAUAGGAGUAAAUUUAUUAAAAUGUUCUAAUUGUUCCGAAGUAUACAAAUUACGAGUUUCUUCAUGUUCUCACAUACAUUGUAACUACUGUAUUAGCAAUUUGUUGGGUUGUACGAUAUGUAAAAUAAACUUCAGUGAUGCACAAAUUUUAAGUGAGUAUAAAUUAAAUAAUUAUUUCUUAUAAAAAUAAAUUAAAUUAUUCGGUAUUAUCUAAG